UGCAAUUAGUAUCAAGUUAUGAUAAUAUCUUCAAGCAAGUGAAAACUUCAUCAUAAUAUCUUCAAGCAAGUGAAAACUUUAAGGAAAGAAAAAUGAAAAACGUUUUAAACUUUUUGGUCUGUUUGGCUUGCUUUUUGGCCUUUGUAUCGGCCUGUGACCCUGACAGUGACAACAAGCCUGUCUGCAAUGAUAUGACUUUAAAUGUGCCCACUCGUAACUUCUGGGAUCCCACAGCCUAUUGGUUGUGUAAUUAUGUCGGUGUUGAACCUGAAUUGGAGCGUUGUCCCGAUUCCCAUUUGUUUGAUUCGGCCAAGGGAGAAUGUGUCUUGUGGAAUAAAUGGGUGUGGACCAAUCCCUGCCCAGCCACCAUCUAGGAAGAAUGGGUUAAAAUGUUUGAAUGAAUAUACGAAGCAUAUGUCUUUUUUGUCCCAAGGAUAA